UUCUAAGCCGCGGGAAGUCGCUGAGGAAUGCAGCUGGGGAAAGGGGCAGACCCACCGGGGAUGACACCGGCGGGACUGGGAGGCUAGCCGGGCCCCGCCCGGGAGGCUUGAAAAUGCCGGAGUGGGAGUGCGGAGAUUGGGGGUUUGCCCCGCCUCGCCCCUGGCGCGGAACCAAUUGUGACGGCGGCGAGGUUUCCUGCCGGCGCUACAAAGGUGCCGCACGGGGACGGCGGCGUGCGCCGGCGUGACGCGGCCGCGCGGCAUGGGCAGGGCCGAGGCCGAGGCGGCGACGGGAGCGAGCGGCGGCGGGGCGACGACGACCCUCCGCCCCGACCGCCAUGAGCACCAAGCAGGUCACUUGCAGGUAUUUUAUGCAUGGUGUGUGUCGGGAAGGAAACCAGUGCCUGUUCUCACAUGACUUGGCAAACAGCAAGCCCUCUACCAUCUGCAAAUACUACCAGAAGGGCCGUUGCGCCUAUGGAACUCGUUGCAGAUAUGAUCACACGAGGCCCUCUGCUGCGGCUGGUGGGGCCAUGGGCACCGUGCCCCACGGGGUGCCGUCCCCGGGUUUCCACAGUCCUCACCCACCUUCUGACCUCACUGCAUCAAUUGUGAAAACUAACUUACACGAGCCGGGGAAACGUGAAAAGAGGACAUUGGUACUUAGAGACCGAAAUCUCUCUGGCAUGGCUGAAGAAAAGACUUGCCCAGGUGUGGUGAGUAAUCCUGGAGGCUGCAGGGACCCACAGAACAGCCCAGAGAUGAAGCCUCAUUCCUACCUAGACGCGAUCAGGAGUGGUCUCGACGACUUAGAAGCCAGCAGCUCCUACAGCGGCGAGCAGCAGCUUUGCCCCUACGCGGCUGCUGGGGAGUGCCGAUUUGGGGAUGCUUGUGUCUACCUGCAUGGGGAAGUGUGUGAAAUCUGUAGGUUACAAGUCCUGCACCCCUUCGACCCAGAGCAGAGGAAAGCUCACGAGAAGAUCUGCAUGUCAACAUUUGAACACGAGAUGGAGAAGGCUUUUGCCUUCCAGGCGAGUCAGGACAAGGUGUGCAGCAUCUGCAUGGAGGUGAUCCUCGAGAAGGCGUCAGCCUCAGAGCGGAGGUUCGGGAUCCUGUCCAGCUGCAACCACACGUACUGCCUGUCCUGCAUCCGGCAGUGGAGGUGUGCCAAGCAGUUUGAGAACCCAAUCAUCAAGUCUUGUCCAGAAUGCCGUGUGAUAUCAGAGUUUGUAAUUCCAAGUGUGUAUUGGGUAGAAGAUCAGAAUAAAAAGAACGAGUUAAUUGAAGCUUUCAAACAAGGAAUGGGAAAAAAAGCUUGUAAGUACUUCGAACAAGGCAAAGGGACCUGCCCAUUUGGAAGCAAAUGCCUUUACCGCCAUGCUUACCCUGAUGGGCGGCUAGCAGAGCCUGAGAAACCUCGGAAACAGCUCAGUUCUGAAGGCACCGUGAGGUUCUUUAAUUCAGUGAGGCUCUGGGAUUUCAUCGAGAACCGAGAGAGCCAGCAUGUCCCCAACACUGAAGAUGUCGACAUGACCGAGCUUGGGGACCUCUUCAUGCACCUGUCAGGAGUGGAGUCGUCAGAACCCUGAGGAGUAGGUGGUUGCCCUGCAUCUCGGGCCAGCUGAGCCCCCUCCACGGCAGCCUUGGGUGGCGUGUCACUGGGAUUUGAGUGGGGUUGUAUUUAACCUUGGUCUCAUCCACUCCGUUACAGCCAUGGGAAGAGUGAGGAUAUAAAGUAACCUAACACACAUGGAAUCACUACUUCUCUAGUUGCUAUUUAGCUUAGUUGCACCUCAAGCUCCUCAGGGGGACCAGCUGACCAGCCAGAGUUUUCAUUCUUUCAGGCCAGCCUGGCUUCCUUCUUGAGCACAGUCCUAAGAACAGUCACCGUGCAGCUGCCCCUAAAACAGCAGAUUCAUUUUUCUUACCAAAGGAUUCUUCAGUCCUUGUAAAGGAUUCCUGCGUGGUGAUUCUCCCUAGUGUACUGCAACAGUGUGUGGGCAACACUGGAUUUUGUACACUGCUUUCCAAAAAAACAGAGUGGGUGCCUGCACCUUAGUAUAGAACUUGACUUAGGGCUCCCCUGUGUCCCAAAUCAGGGCAGGAGUCUUGUUGCCAGAUGGUCAGUAGACAAGUUAAAGUAUAAACCUUCUUCCCUUGGGUGGGGGGGGAGGGGGGCACACUCCUGAAGGAGCAGGAAGUACAGAGCUAUGGCCCCUCUUUUAGGGUUUGUGUUAGGGUCACAAUCGAAGUAAUCUUGCACACGUGCCUCCAGGGAAACCUUACCUGCUGGCUUAUGCCCCGAGAGUCAUUGUACUCGUGCAUUCUCAUCUGUAAAAUCUGGCUUUGAUUUGAAAUUUUAUAAGAAUUUCACAGCACCCAAGAAUAGUCUCUGGUUUUGACCCAGCAGUGGUCCUGAAGGGAACCAAGUACAAGUCUUCUGUCAUGAGCUGGUUUUAAUUAAAGGAGCAUAUGAAUCAGAACUCACCCCAAGCCUGAAUAAUAUAUUUUUAUAGACAGCUGUAGAUACCAAAUAUUUUAUAAAAUGCAUUAAAGUAUGGGUAGAAACUCUACUCUUACCUGAGUUUAGAGUGCUUUUUUGCAUAAUUUUUAUAGUUAACUCUUUAGUGAAGGGUGACAAAGGCUGAAUUCAUUUCAUCCCCAACAGAAGCUCUGGGUCCAUUUCCUGCUCCAGAAGGGAUAAACAAAUGGAGCUCAAGCUGUGAGCUCAGGAUUACUUUAAAAGGAGGAAAUAGCCAUUAAACCUGCAUUUAAU